AUGUGCUCCUACAUUGAGUAUAGACGAACGGGACCCUUAUGGCUGGGAAUCGCUAUUCAGCACGCCAAAGAUGCCCGAGCACACGAUUACAACUACAUGGAGGUCAACGGUGGCCAAUACGCCACCUCCGGAAGGAAGCGACACAAUCUGUUGAAACGUCUAUGGUGGUGUUGCAUCAUCUGCGACAGAACUGUGUCUUUGACGUGUAGGCAGAGCAUCAUGGUGACCAACUCGUUCUUCGACUUUGACGACAAGAGUAAGCUUCUGUGCAGCGCAGAUUUGGUAGACGAAGUUGACGCCUCUCGGGUGUUUGAGCCUAUGACCAAGAUCCUUGUUGCUGGCAUUCUGGAGAACUUGGUCGAGCUGUGUGUGUUGGCAACCGACGUGCUUCUGAUGUCGUCUCUUGUAUACAACAACUCCUCGUCAUUCUUUGGCCACAGUAGCAUGCGAAAGAUCAGUCAAUGCAAGAUACGACUUCAGCAAUGAUAUGUUGUCGCACUUGCCAAUAAGCGUGUAAGUUGUGUUGUGUUUGACGACCUACGUCUGUCCAUGCUGAUUGGACCCGUAGCAUCUGCCGUAUCGCAUUUCCGCUGGUCUUGUGUCUGCUCAACAGCUGGCUUAG